AUGCCCGCGCCGACCGCCUUGAAGCAGGCCGACGAAACCCCGCUUCCUAUUGAAGCCACUGUUGUCGAGCAGGAAGGCGGAGAUGAAUUCAUCCUUGACGCUUCGGAAGCCGUGACUGGCGAGGGAGAGUUCAUGGCUCCCCAAGACCACGACGACGACGAGUCCAUGGCUGUCGACGAAGAGGGCCGGCCUCGAUUUGCCCCCGCCAAGGAUAUUGACCCCGUUACACGAGUCGAAACUCGCAAAGUGCCGAUCCCACCGCACCGAAUGACACCGCUCAAACAGAACUGGACCACCAUCUACCCUCCUCUCGUCGAACACCUCAAGCUACAGUGCCGUAUGAAUGUGGCACGCAAAACUGUGGAACUGAGAACAUCCAAAUUCACUACCGACUCUGGUGCUUUACAAAAGGGGGAAGACUUUGUUAAAGCUUUUACACUGGGCUUUGAUGUCGACGACGCCAUUGCGCUGCUGCGCUUGGAUGACCUCUACAUUGAGACAUUCGAGAUUAAGGACGUACGAACCAUGCAUGGAGAUAGUCAGGCUCGCGCUAUUGGCCGAAUUGCGGGCAAGGACGGCAAGACUAAAUUUGCUAUUGAGAACGCCAGCCGUACACGGGUUGUCUUGGCCGACUCCAAGAUCCACAUCCUGGGAGGCUUCAAGAACAUUCACAUGGCUCGUGAAUCUAUUGUCAGUCUGAUUCUCGGAAAGCCUCCCGGAAAGGUGUAUGGCAAUUUGCGCACAGUUGCUGCGCGAAUGAAGGAGCGAUUUUAG